AUGGCUCCCGUAUCGUUAAAAGGCACAAGAAAGACCUAUAGUUUUGAGGAGCGAAAAAUUUUAAUAAGUCUUAUUAACAAAUACGAAGAUAUCGAGGAUAGAAAAUCGGAUCCAAUAUCGAUGAGUAAAAGAAAAUCGGCUUGGUCGUCAUUAGUCGAGGAAUAUAAUUCGAUAGUUGGUCCACAAAGUGCGCGUUCGGCUGUACAAUUAAGACGCUGUUGGGAAAAUAUGAAAGCUUGUAAAAGAAAUCGCGAGGAGAAAAAAACGCGAAACAAUUCGAAAAGUUUUUGCCAAUUAUCAAAGGAUUAUACCCAAUCGUCGAUUUCCUCUUGGGAAAACGGAAGUAUCUUCGAAAAACAUAAACCGGAAUUAACACCGACUAACGGAAAUGGCUGUUUACCACCCAAUGUAGUCUUUGAACCAAAAGAUUCCGAACCUUUUACUUUGCAAAGUGUAAAUGCGACUAAACCUACGAAUAUGUGCUUGAAAAAGGAACCUGACAAUAGUGGCAACGAUUCUAACGAUACAAUUGUUAAUAAACAAACGGUUAGCAUGAUUCAAUCGCAAGGAAUAAUCUCGAAUGACAAUCGUCAGGAAUUAAAUGAUCUAUCGAUCAUGGAUCAUAGAUCAACUGACGAAGAAGAAUCGACUGAACCUAAUCAGUUAGCUUAUAAAUCUGAUAGAACUGAAAACUUUGUUUUAUCUUCUCCUUCACGAGUAAACGAUUCGCAUGUUAAUCGUAAAACGAAAAUACCAUUGCAAAAAGAAGACGAAUUGCAACUUCUUGCAUUAUCAGAAGCUCAGAUUAAGGUUGACGUAGCAGCUAUGUUAAAAGAGGAAGCUAGAAUCAAACUGGAGGAGGCUCAUUAUCGAAAAGAAGAAGCUAGGCUCAGAGUGCUUUUUUAUACUUACAAGCUUGAGAGGAUAAAGGAAGAUUGA